AUGUGCUUGCCAUCUUCAACACCUGCACGCCAGAGACCAAGGAGUUCAACACUCUUUGGGCGCGUCGCCAUCCUUGUCGCCAGCCUCGUCCUCUACACCAUGUACCAUAACGUCACCACCAUGAGCAGCAUGACCGACUCGCACUCGUCGUCUCAGAACCAUUCCAUCUUUAUUCCAUUCAUCUACGCAUUUAGCUCCAACCAUGUUCCGCAGGUCAUGUGCACCGUCGAGGGCGUCGGCAUCCAGAUGCCCGUCGACACUGGCUCCACGGGAACACUAAUCGGAGCUCCAGUGCUCCCAAACAUAUCAACUACCGUGGGUACGCCGGCGCACCACUUCUUCACGAGCAGUAAGAUCCUCUAUGUAGGUCGCCUGGUGGAACUCGCCAUGAAUUUCCAUGCCGAGGGCAGCUCGUACGCGACUGCGACUGUCCCUGUGCUCAUUGUUGACAAGAGUUGGAGAUGCCCUUGGUACAAUCCGCUUGUAGACCGAUUCGAGUGCCCACCCGGCCCGAAUGGCGAGCAAGCGGUAGCACGCGACACGUCGCAAAUCACCUACAUGGGCGUCGGCUUUGGGAGAAACGGCGUCAAGGACGGCAUGCCGUUUGCAACGCCGCGUGUCAAUCCGCUGCUGAACGUCGACGCCAUCGACGGCGAGCCGGUGCCACGCGCAUGGGUAAGGGCAGGAUACAUUGUAUCACGCGAAGGGGUCCAGAUAGGGCUGACACCCCAGAACACACGAGGGUUCGCAUUUAGCCGUUUGGAGCCUGGUUUGACCCAUGCCGACGAUGCAAGGGACUGGGCGAUGGCAAGGAUGUGCUUCAGCAUCAAUGGCGAGGGACGGAACUGUGGGCAUGUGCUUGUCGACACGGGCAUAGCGCAAAUGUACAUCAGAACGGACAAGGGCGUGUCGAUGCCGACCGUUGUCAUCCCCAAUCCCAACCCCAAGGGCUAUGCCAAGAUGGUGAAGCGCGUGAAGCGCGGCACCAACAUCACCAUUGGCUUUCCCUCUCUAGACCAUCCAGCCAUGUCGUAUUCAUUUUCCGUUGGUGAGGGAUCGGCCAUUGAGCCCAACUAUGUUUUCCCCCAGCUCCCCGAGCACCCGCCAUAUGUCAACACCGGGAGGAACUUGCUGUUCCGCUAUGCAAUAGCCUUCGAUGCGGUAGGCGGACGAUUCGGGUUUCGGUCGGUCGGCACUUCUGGCACAGCGUCUGUAUUAUAG